AGCGGCCGCGGUGGCUCGGCCCGGUUAGCGUAAGGUUAGCGGGAUCCAGGUAUGGAAAGCCGCAUGGGUCAUAAAAUUAACGCGUUCUGCCGCUGUUAUUUUCUUUUAUUACAAAAAGCUUUUACUGGACAAGAUGUCACGACAAUAGUCAUCUAGUUCUGUCCGCUACGUCCAGGCAGCUACAACCACUCGUCGACGGUCCCGACCACCUGGAGAGGGCGUAACCAUGUCAGGCGACAACCAGGAACAGAUUUUGAAUUAGUACAACACGGAUGCUCGCCGUCAUUUUCAGAAAAGGCACCUUCGCAGCCCGAAAGGUGUUGCACCGGGCAGGUCCUCCACAAAGAUGCUGGACAUCAGCCCUGACCGGAGGGGCUCCCGACGGAGGAUGUGGCUCCCUGCAGACCUGCUGGGCCUCGUCAGCAAGGCUGCCACCUACAGGAAGGGACGUGGGACUUUUUAAAGCUCCCGCUGUCCUCGGCGUCGGGAGGACCGAGCCCUUCCCGAGGACUCAAAUCCACGAGUCUCCGAUUCUAGCAAGAGAGCGACAUUUCCACUCCUCCGCCGCGAGGUUGAAGAAGCGGCCUAAGCCGGAACCUCCACCACGAGAGCUGGACCUGCUGCGCUACGACAUGAAGGACCUGCGGAACGGACCCAAACCCGCCUUGUGGCUGGGGUUCGCCGGGCUGAUCCCCUUCGUGUCCCCCACCAUGCUCAUGGCUGCGACUGAAUGCUUCUACCCAGAGUUGGCCUUUGCGCAGUUGGCCUACGGCGCCGCCAUCUUGUCCUUUCUGGGUGGCGCUCGCUGGGGGUUCGCUCUUCCCGAGAGCAGCCCAGGCAAGCCAGACUGGAUCAACCUGGCCAACAGUGUGGUUCCCGCCCUCUUGGCCUGGACGGCCAUGCUGAUGAGCGACAACAUCGUUGCCGCCACCACUAUGGCGAUCAUGGGACACGGAGUGGCAUUGCAUUACGAUCUCUCUCUGCUCCCCACUUACCCCAGCUGGUUCAAAGCUCUGCGCUCUGUCCUGACCAUUGUGGCAUUUUUCUCUCUAUUUGGUACUCUCGUGAUGAGUGGACUAUUCCCAGAGAAGAUCAUCUUCUCAGAUUGAAUAAUAUAAAAUAUUGUAAUACUUGUAAAGUUUUGUUUUCAACAUCAUACCAUUAUUUAAAAGACACGGUAGAAAACAUGAGUGUGAGCUUUAACGAUUUUAACAUCUUUCACAAUAAAUAACUGAUUUAAAAUUGUACCACCAGGGGUCGCCAAAGUCAAAGAUCUUCAAAAUCCCACACAGUGAAGGAAAAUAUUUAAAACGGACUGAAACUGCUGAAGCUAAAAGUCCACACUUAAUAAAUAUCAAAUAAAUGUACAUAAUUAUCCAAUAAUAAACGUUAUUUUUUGA